AUGUCAAGGCAAAAUUCUCCCGUAGCAAAGCGGCAAGCAUCACGCAAACGUCUCGGAGGCGCUUGCAAGGCCUGCCAUGACCGGAAAGUGAGGUGCAGCCUGGCCAAGUCUGGCCCGCCCUGCACAAACUGCUCAUUGGAUGAUAUAGAAUGUGAGCCUCGAGUUCGCAAGUCACAAAGGGGAGUUGGACCCUCUGUCGUAGGGUCUGCUCAACAAGCACACAAUAAGACGUCCGCCUCGGCUGCCCCUUCACGACAAGCGGUUCCGGGGUCAUUGAAUCUCUUUGGAAACCAUGACCAAGCAGACCUUUCCAUUACUCUUGUUCCACCACUAGAAGUAGACUUAGACGCAGGUCUGGUAACCAGUGACUCCCUUCGUAACGUCCCCGAGAACAGCGGUACCAGGAAGCUAGACGAUUUAUCGAGAGACUCAGACAGGACCCACGCCAUUGAUCCCGAGGCCUCAGCAACCUGCAAUGGAAGACCAGAUGCGUCGUGCUCCAGCAAUUAUCGCCCAUUCCAGUCGCAUUUCAGCCAUUUUGAAGAAGACGACGCGCCGAACACAGACUCUCUUCCAGCUGAUACGCCCAUGUAUGGUGAUCCCACAGGCAUUUGCGCCGUCGCAAACAUUUGUGAGCCGGAAGGAGUAGAUAGGAGCGGUCACUUUCUUCUCCCAAAUGGUAUUUUUGCCUCACUCGACCCGGAAGAUCAAGAAUACUUGCAACGCAAGGGUGCAUUCGUCUUCCCUGAAGCUCGGAUACGUGAGAGCUUGGUUCGGGCAUAUUUCCAUUACGUCCACCCGUUCUUUCCCAUCGUCGACAUCCACGACUUUCUUCCCAACCAUGAAAGCGGCACACUUGAGAAAAUUAGUACUCAUCUUUUAUGGUCCAUGUACCUCGCAGCAUGUAAUUUCUUGGAGGAGGACGUAGUUCAGGCAGCCGGAUUUACAAGUAGAAAAGAAAUGAAGCGCUCAUUCUAUCGAAAGGCAAAGGCUCUAUAUGACAUGCAACAUGAAAGAGAGAGAACCACGCUGAUACAGGCUGUGCUGCUGAUGACCUUUUACUCUUCUGACACAGAAGAUAAGACGGGCCCGUGGCAUUGGAUCGGAGUCGCUAUUGGUCUAAGCCAGACAGCUGGACUACAUCGAAACCCUCACUCCACGGCAAGCCGUAUACCUCAGCAACGCCAGAGACUUUGGCGACUUAUCUGGUGGUCAUGCGUCCAUCAAGAUGUAUGGUUCUCUGUCGGUAUGGGCAGGCCAGUGCGUAUCAACUUGGACGAUUGUGAUACCCAACUGCCAGUCGCCGCCGAUUUGGAUGCGUUAGCAUCAGGUGUUCCGGACACCCUUCGCGAAAAGUACCUUCCGGCUGCCAUGCCGGACCUAUCCGAGCUUUUUGUCCAGUUGAUAAAUCUUGCAAUCGUUCAAUCUAAUAUAUUAUCAACGCAUUACCGAGCUCGCCAGAUUAGGCCGAGUACAGCCGAUGUAAUGGAGGUUGAGAAGAGAAUUGCAACAAUACAGGGGAAAGCGCGUUGGUUCAUAAGCUCCGAGAAUCUCAUGAUUUACUAUUAUGCUUGCCAUCUGGAGCUGUUUUCACAAUCGGUUCUAACUGUCUUGUAUCGGCCUUAUCUUCUGAGCUUGUCCCACAAACAUUCAUCCGGUCUGUCUCGGGAAUGGUACUCAUCAAUAGAGCGGAAAGCUCAGGCUGCUGCUGCCGCGUUUAAUAAGACUUUGGAGGCCUUAAUAACUGCAGACAUGAUCAUGGAAUGUCAGAAUAUUAUGUCAGUACAAAACCUGAGUUCCAUAUUUCGGAUUUGCAUUUACGAAUCUACUGAAUGCUAA